AUGGCACCGAUCAAGACCCUGAAGAAGCCCACAGUCGGCAGAAGGUCCAAACGUGGAGCGGUGUGGAAGUUCACCCUGGACCUGACACAUCCAGUGGAGGACGGGAUCCUGGACUCCUCCAACUUUGAGACGUUCCUCAAAGAGCGGAUCAAGGUCAACGGAAAGACGGGAAACCUUGGAAAUGUGGUGCAGGUCGGACGCUUGAAGAACAAGAUCAACGUCACGUCUGAGAAGCAGUUCAGCAAAAGAUACCUCAAAUAUCUGACCAAAAAGUACCUGAAGAAGAACAACCUGCGCGACUGGCUGCGUGUGGUGGCUUCAGACAAAGAGACGUACGAGCUGAGAUACUUCCAGAUCAGCCAGGAAGACGAGGAAUCCGAGGCCGACGAGUGA